AAUAUUUCACAAAAAUCAAAUUAUUAUGCCGAGAAAUUUCAGAAUUGGAUGGAAGAAUCCAAAAUUUUAGAUGAAAGAAUGAGAAGAAUAAUUAUUCAUGGAAUAAGGCCAAAGUUUGAGGCCUUUAUCACAGCUGUACAAGGUUGGCAAACUCAGCCAACUGUGGAUGAAUUAGAAAAUCUGUUGAUAGAUCAAGAAGCACAGGGAAAGCAAGCAAUUGAAGGCGCACAGAAAACAGAGGAAGAAGCACUCUUUAGUGGACGAGGCCGAGGAAGAGGCAAGUACAGUACCAGAGAAGGCCUCUACAACACUAGAGGAGGAAGUAAAGGCAAAGGCAGAUCCCAGAGCAUCAAAGGUCACUUUGCAAGAGACUACAGAUACAAAAAGGGCUCAGUGCAGGGAAAUGUUGCUACCUCAAAAGAGGAAGGAAAUCAUAGUGACAAAGAAUGGGACAUGCACGCUUCUUGUGCAACAUUGGAGAUAGAUACCGAAGUUGAGGCUAACCAAGUGGCUUUGUUAGCUUCCAACCAAAGUAGAGUUGACUACAGCAAAAAUUGGAUAAUUGACUCUGGAGCUGCUAGUCACAUUACAAGAGAUGAGGAAAAGCUAUUGAACUUGUCAGAAUACAAAGGAAACAGAGUGGUAGUCACAGCAGAUGAUACUCAGCUUCCAAUCAAGCAAAUUGGAGAUGUAGUGAUAACACCACGCACCAGCUCUCAACAAGUAAAGGUGAAAAAUGUUCUCCAUGUAUCUAGGAUGAAAAAGAAUUUGUUGUCUGUGGCACAACUUACAGCUCCCAAAAACUAUGUGGUGUUUAGACUGAAGGAUGUGAAGGUGAUGAUGAAUAAAUCUAUGGUGAAAGGUCUACCCAAGCUAGAGGUGCACAAAGAUGCUGUUUGUGCUCGUUGUCAAUAUGGGAAAGCACAUCAACUUCCAUAUCAGGAUUCCAAGUUCAAGGCCAAGGAACCACUGCAACUAGUACACUCGGAUGUCUUUGGUAAAGUCAAACAAUCAUCAAUUGGUGGGGCACAAUACAUGGUGACAUUUACUGAUGACUACUCGAGGCUUCCUCAAGCUACUUUGGGAUUCAUAUCACCUUUUGAGAAGCUGUGGAACAUUAAGCCAGUGUCAGAUGCAUUUUUCUUGGCUAUGAUGAUCAAAGGAAAGGAUGGAGGUGCUGUGACCCAAAUACUGGGCAUUGUUGUGUUUCUAGAAAUGUUGUGUUUGAUGAAGCAUCUUCUUGGUGGUCUCCACAACAGGAUGUUGGAUACUCAAGAAGUUGUAGAGAAGGAAAAGGAGAUAACUCCUAAAAGAAUAGUGAGUCCAUGGCAAACAGGGGUACGAGAGCCCAUGACUGAAGAAACAAGACAAGGUGAAGUGGAAAAAGCAAAACAACAGCAUGAGCAGCAGCUAAGACACUCCACUCGAGAACGAAAGCCAAAUCCUAAAGUUAAGACUUGGCCAGAUGGGAAGAUAGAGAGAUAUAAGGCCAGUCUUGUUGCUCGAGGGUUCUCUCAACAGUAUGGGAUAGACUAUGAUGAAACUUACAAUCUGAUACCUAAGAUUACAACUGUUAGAGUACUGCUUGCUCUAGCUACGAGCAAAUCAAUGAAGAUGUGGCAGAUGGAUUUGAAGAAUGCAUUUUUGCAUGGAGAAAUUGAUAGAGAAAUUUAUAUGGAGCAACCUUGUGGAUUUGAAGACAAAAGGCAUCUAGAGUAUGUUUGCAAAUUAAAGAAGGCAUUGUAUGGACUCAAGUAGGCACUGAGAGCAUGGUAUGUCAAAAUUGCAGAAUUUCUUAUUCAAAGUGGCUAUUCAAUGACAAUUGCAGACUCAAGCCUAUUUGUCAAAACUCAAGGCAACAAAAUAGCAAUUGUGCU